GCAGCUGAUCGUGCAGCAUCACAGUCGCAAUGUCAUCCGAGGAGCUCGCACGGAAACUGCAGCGCAGGCUGGACGGGGAGCAGCGUGACCCCAAACCCGGCUCACCGGCGCAGACUGGAGCGGACGAGGAGCCGCCGCAGCCGGUGAGACCCAGCUCUGCUGCCGUGAACGGCGACGCCAGCUCUGAACUGACGGAGAAACUCAGCCGCAGGCUGGACAUCCACGACGGCACGGCGAAACCCAAGCAGAUGAAGGUUUUCAACCCCUACACCGAGUUUAAAGAGUUCUCGCGUAAACAGAUCAAAGACAUGGAGAAAAUGUUCAAGAGGUUUGACUCUGGUAAAGACGGCUUCAUUGAUCUGAUGGAGCUGAAGCUGAUGAUGGAGAAACUCGGAGCUCCACAGACACAUCUGGGCUUGAAGAACAUGAUCAAGGAGGUGGAUGAAGAUUAUGACGGCAAACUCAGUUACAGAGAGUUCCUGCUGAUCUUCCGGAGGGCCGCAGCAGGUGAGCUGCAGGAGGAGAGCGGUCUGAUGGCUCUCGCUCGACUUUCAGAGAUCGACGUCUCGACUGAAGGCGUUCUCGGAGCCAGGGAUUUCUUUGAGGCAAAGGUUCAGGCUCUGUCUGUGCGCAGUAAGUUUGAAGCAGAGAUACGAGAGGAACAAGAAGAGAAGAAGAGGAUGGAACUGGAAAGACAACAACGGCGUGCUGCAUUUAAAGAGCUGCAGUCCACAUUCUGCUCCUAAAACUGUAGUUCAGCAGAUCUCCGCCUUUUAGAGAGCACAGUAUACUUGCACACGAGCACAUACACGCAUGCACACACUGCUUCUCAUACCUCACACCUAUGUGUAAUCAAAACCACAGCUGAACACUGAACAAGUAGCAUUAGCGUUAUAAAAUAUGCAUGAGGAAUUUGUUUCGUGGGUGAUGGCUGCGUAGAAGAUGAGAUGACGCGAGUGAAAUUUCAGGAGACUUCUAAUGUAGGACUUAAACUCUAAUAGCCUAGAUUUAAUCUAAGCAACUAUAUAUUUUUAGAAACAAAAAAAGUUUAUAGUAAAGUUAUUAAGUGUUAAUCAUAAUUUUAAGUACAUGCAAAGAUGGUGUCGUGGACUAAAUACUGAUUAUGACCAAUUGAGAAAAAAGAAACCAUGGAAAUAAAGGGUCAAGAAAUAUGUUUAUUUUUUAUAGAUUUUAAUCAUGCACUUUGUUCCGUUUUCUUUUUCUUUUCUUUUUUUGUUAACUGCUUUCUACAGAUUUUCAUAAAAUCUACCUGUAACUCUAAUGUUUUGCCAAUUACGUAAAGCCCAUUAAAUUACUGUAUUUUUCAAAAAAAAAAUAUAUAUAUAUAAUAUGUAUAAUUCCAUUUGUGCUAAAUGUAAUAAUUGUUGUAUCUGUGGCAUUUCUUUUCUCUAAAGAGCCUUUAGAUGGCAGCACAGGAUUUGGUCAACAACACACACAAAAGAAGUGGUUUGAUGACAUAAGUUGUGUUAACUAUGUUAUAUUUACUGCUAAUAAAGCAUAAAGUGUUCUGUAAGGAAUAAAAACAAAAACCACAACAUGUUCACAGAUAUUUUACUCCAGUUUUGUGUUCCACAGAUCAAAAUAAAGACUCUUUUUUUACAGAUCAGUUGCCACUCCGUGUAGCUUGAAGGAAAUUGAUUUGUGGCAUGUUUGUAGGAAACUGAAUUAAUACAAAGCUUUUCCAGCCUUCCAGAGUCUUACAAUCAUGCUUUAUACAUAUAAUAAUAAAGUGAAAGCAGUGAGUCUUUCCUGAAUGACAGACAGACAAUGCAUGUGCUAUAUAGUCACCUAGAGACUAAAAAUCAUACAGUGUUGUGCCACCGAUAGGAUUGUGCUAUUUUUUUUAAUUAUUUCUUUUAUUGCAUAGAUUGCAUUGCACUGAUAAUACUGAGAUUUUCUUUCCCAAAAAUAAUCUAGUAAAUAAUCUAUAUAUUUAUCUAUAUACUUUAUUAUUUACAUCACUGUUAAUGUUCACUCAAUGUCUUCAUCCAAAAGUCCAUUUCAUGACUUUGGUGAAAAAAAUUAAAGUUUGUCAGAAGGCACUUAAUAGGGGUGUUAAUGAACACUUUAAAGAUAUAGUUCAACCAAUUAUAAAAAAGGUCAUUUUAUUUCCACUGAGUAUUUCAUAAUAAUAAGUGCUGCAGGGGUGACAUAUUUUUGUAGGCCAAAACCCAGAAACAAGCAUUUGGUUGACUAAUAGUGUUUUUUUGUUGUUGUUGUUUGUUUCUUUUGAUUGGGUUUUCCAUAAAGUCUGUGGUUAAACUAAAGUUAUUUUACUCUACGACAUAAAAAUCCCCUAGGAAUACUCCUUUGUUUUUUAAAAUCUUUCACUUGUCUUCAAAAAGGAGGUCUCAACAAGUGUCUAAAUGUGACUACAGAGGCUGAUGACGAUGUUAAACGUCAGUGUGCAGAACAGAUAAACUUAUCUUCUCAAUUCUGGUCUGCUUUUACAGCCUCUGUGUUUAUAGUCAAACUAUUGCAAGCUAUUUUAACACAGACUCUCAGGGAAAACGUUACAAAUAAAGAGUUGUUGUAGCCGAAUUGUGGUGACUUUAAAGUCAUGCGACCAUGUUGUAGUUUAUUUAUAGCCCAUGUUUACUUUUUACUUUUAACAUGUAAGAAUAAUAAACUUUUGUUAGCCACCAACCUCAAUUUAUGCAAUAACCCCCCCCCCCCC